GUGCUCAUAACUCGCAAACGCAAUUACGGUGCACCAUUCACAAAAAGUUCCCCGUAUUGGUGAAGAAAAGAAGAGAAAAACCCUCCAGGAAGACGUGAAGGGAUUCGUCAAGCAUUUCGGUGUUUUUCCGACCCAAACCCCCCGACUGAAUACUUGCCCCCCCCACUGUGAUAGUACCCCAUUGGUUCCUGGUAGACUGGUCCGACACGCGAAAGGUAGCAACAAAACGAGCAAAGCAAACUACGAAGGUCACCUGUUACACGAACCGUUUCACAGUGAUACAAAAUGCAAAUCUGUAACGCCUGAAGCGUUACGUUUGAAUGCCGCGAAGUCAAAACAGAAGGGGGAAGGCAGCGAAAGGUGUUUUGGCGGAAACACGUAUGUGCAAAACAUAUCAUAAAACAAAUCGUCACUGACCCAGAAGAACGUCGGCAAUAAGAGUUGGUUAAAAUCUUCGACCAACACGCAAAAAACAGAAGAUACUGCAACAGUUACUUCAAGGUUUUCUGGUCAAAGUCACCAUUGGCCAACAAUCUCCAAGCGGUCGGACGUUUCAGACAAUCUCCACAAUGCAGCAACACAGCGGAAGGAUGCACUGGACGUGGACGGUGUGGAUCACGAUAGUGGUGACGGUCAUGUUACCGCUAACGAACGCACAAUAUCGCUCGCCACGAAUAAUAGAAAAUCCGAGUGACACAAUCGUACCGAAAAAUGAUCCCGUCACGCUCAACUGCAAGGCGGAAGGGAAACCCCAGCCGGUGGUGCAGUGGUACAAGGACGGUGAGGAGGUAAAGCUGGACGCAAACCACGUCCUGCUGCCGGCCGGUUCGCUGUUCUUCCUGCGGACGGUGCACAGCAAGAAGGAGCAGGACGACGGUGUUUACUGGUGUGUGGCCAGCAACACGGCCGGCAAAGUGUACAGCCGCAAUGCGACGCUGCAGGUGGCAACUUUAAGAGACGAUUUUCGGGUGGAGCCGAAAAAUACGCGCGUUGCGGCCGGUGAGACGGCACUACUGGAAUGCAGUCCACCCCGUGGCAAUCCGGAACCGAACGUUAGCUGGAAGAAGAAUGACGGCUUUCUGGAGCUGGACGAUUAUCGACCGUCGAAGGAGCUGGCCCGGAUACGGAUCGUUGACAGUGGGAACCUGCUGAUCAGCGACGUUCGGCCGACCGACGAGGGGCGUUACCAGUGCAUCGCCCAGAACAUGGUUGGCUCGAGGGAAAGUGGACUCGCCAAACUGACCGUCCAGGUGAAACCGUACUUUGUGGCCGAACCGGAUGAUGCGACCGUACUGGAGGGUCACCGCGUACAGUUCCAGUGUUCGGUCGGUGGCGAUCCGGCACCGCAAAUUCUCUGGACGAAGCAGAACGGAGAUAUACCGGUCGGGCGGGCCGAAAUAUCCGAGGCGGACCGAAGUUUGAUUAUUCGCAAUGUAACCGCGGACGACCACGGCCAGUACAUCUGCGAGGCACGGAACUCGGUCGGUGUGAUAAGUGCCCGGGCGAGCCUUACCGUAAACACACCACCAGUGUUCAUUGUGCGACCGCAAGACCAAAAAGUCACCGUCAACGGUGUGGUGACGUUCAAAUGUUCCGCCGGCGGGAGUCCAUUGCCGUCGGUGUUCUGGACCCGCGAAGGCUCCCAGACGCUCAUGUUCCCGAACAACAGCUACGGCAAUAUGCAUGUAUCCGGGCAGGGUUCGCUACAGAUCCGCGGUGUCCAGCGUGAGGAUGAUGGAUACUUCGUCUGCUCUGCGCUCAGCGUGGCGGGAUCGGUAACGAGUCGGGUGUAUUUGCAGGUGACGUCUCCAAUUGACAGUAUUCCACCGCCACUGCUACAGCAAGUCCCCUCGAACCAAAGUCUUCCGAGCGGUACGAAGGCAACUCUUCCUUGUCGAAGCUCAUCCUUGGGCGGUUCACUGCACGAUCCGCCCUCGUCGGUACCGCGUUGGCAACGCGACGGAAUCAAUCUUCUCACCGGGGCCGGAAAACGCUUCAAACUUCUUUCCGGUGGAUCUCUAAGGAUUGAUGAUCUUCAAACGGAUGACAGUGGUUGGUAUCGGUGUUCUGUGAAGCUGGAUAAUCAUGAAUAUUCCUGGUCGGCAUAUCUGAGUGUCGAUAGCAAUCUGCCGCCACAAUCGCAGCAGAUAUACAAUCCCGAACUGCUGCCCUCCGCACCGGGACAGCCGAAGGCGGCGAACAUUACCAACACAAACGUUACGCUCAUAUGGGCCCGUGGGCAGGAUAAGCUGCGCACGAACGCGAUCGCCAGCUACACGAUCGAGUACCACAGUACGGACGAUCGGGAGGUGGACGCCGGCUGGAAGACGGCGUUGCGGCAGAUCGCGGGCAAUACGGCCACGGUGACCGGGCUGUCGCCGGAAACCGGAUACAUCUUCUCGGUGCGUGCCGAGAACGGUAUGGGCUUCUCCGGGCCCUCGCCCGUAUCGACGCUGAUCCGCACGCUAUCGUCGGACGAUCGUGUCACCAUACCGGAGGAGAUGGACACGGCACGCAUGGUGCUGAGCGGCAAGAUCCUGGAGCUGAUCGAUAUCAUCGCGCUAACGUCCACAUCUGUGCGGCUCGAGUGGCAGCUGCAGAUCGGUGGUUCGGAGGAGUACAUCGAGGGGUUUUACGUGCGCUAUCGCGAUCUGGACAGUGAUGUGCAGCGGUACAGCAUGCUACCGAUACCGAACAGCGAAACGGAGAGCCACAUCAUUACGAACCUGAACAAGUACACCCGGUACGAGUUCUUCCUGACGCCGUACUUCAAGAAUCUCGAGGGCCAACCGAGCAAUGCGCGGAUCGUACGCACGCUCGAGGACAUGCCGACGGGACCACCGACGAACAUACAGGCCGGCAUGCUCAACCUGACCGCCGGCUGGGUGCGGUGGAGUCCACCGUUGCGCGAACACCAGCACGGUGCGGUGGUCGGCUACAAAAUUCAGGUAAAGUCGGGCAACAACGCCUCGAAGCUGCUCGCCCAGAUGACGCUCAACUCGACGACCACCUCGGUCAUGCUGAACAACCUGACCACCGGCUCGAGCUACACGAUUCGCGUGGCGAUGUUUAAUCGGCUCGGUAUGGGCCCGUUCGCCAAACCGCUGUACCUCGUGAUGGAUCCAUCGUUCGUGAUCGUACCGCAGGGUGUACACAACAACCACCAGCUCUUCGGCGACUACGAUGACCGGCGCCAUCCGCAGCAUCAGCCGCACGCGAACGGUUUCCUGCACGAGACGUGGUUUAUGCUGCUGGUGGUAUUUUCGCUGCUGGGCGUACUGAUCGCAACGAUCACGGGCGGCGUGGUGCUGUUCCGCCGUCGCCAGAGCCUGGGCAAACCGGUUGUGACCGUGCCGACGCUCGGUGCCCGGCGGGGCGACAUCGCGAACCUGAGCAUGUCGCGCAAGGACGGUGGUAUUUGGAUCGAUCGUGGCUGGCGGACGUGUGAUACGGAUAAAGAUUCCGGGCUCAGCUCGAUCAAGCUGCUCGAGGGUAGUCAAACGCACCAUACGUAUCCGUUGCCCGAUGGGGGCACGGAUUACGCGGAGGUUGAUCCACGUGGGCUGACGUCAUUUUACAAUCGAAAGUCUCCGGAAAGUCCGACGCCGUACGCUACCACGAUGAUCAUCAAUGGGAUUCCGCGGAGCGACAAUGGCGAUCUAGGCUACCAGGGUCACGAUACGUUCUCGUCCACAUCGUCCAGCUUCCGAUCGUUCUACGGUUAUCCUCGGCCAAUCAACACCAACAAUGUUCCACCCAACUGGGUUGACUAUCUGCCACCGCCGCCGGAACAUCCGCCUCCGAUACCGCAGCCGCUGGACAUCAAUCAUCAUCUCAACCAUGUCUACCCAUCCGAGCUGGUCGGCACGAUGAACAGCUCGCAAACCUCCAGCUACUGCUCGCGGCGAACCAGCGGGUACAAGUGAGGGCCGGGAAUGCGCUUUGGUUGGUAGGCGGUAAACAUACCACCAGCACCAUCAAUACAAAACUAACAGACGACAAACAAAUGCAACACACUCACGAAACCACGAAACCACACCACAGGCACCUACCGUCGUCGGCACCGGUGAUCCAAGUCAACGCCGCACGUUGUCGAAUGCGGCAGCGUGUGUCCUUGCUGUGUGUCCGGCAGUCCAUCUUGGUGGCCAAAGCACCGUAGAGUAGUUGCUGUUGCUGGGACGCAGGGUAAAAUGUUACGGGCACCGUUUUGGGUCGGGGCUUGCGCGAAGAGCGAAAAUGGUGUUUCGUAAGUUUUAUUAUUCGACGGCCGGGGGUUUGCUUCGCUUCCACAGUGUGUCUUCUGCGUCCCGGCGGCCAACGAUAAAAGAUCCUUACAGGAUUAUCGUGCAAUGUAGAACUUCUCCGGAUUGUGGCAUUCGCUGUUGGUCGGGAACGGGAACCACCCGCGAUGAGACCGGCGGAAAAAUGUGUUUCCAGCUGAACAUUCGCUCACUAAAACAUCCAAAAGCUACGUAGAGCUUUGAUAGGCGCGGCAUUUGGCAAAUGCCAACGGGUCCUCGGUUUUAGACCAGAGACCAGUGCAAAAAUGCACACGCCGGUUUGGGCCUAGAUUAUGGCCCGGUUUAACUGUUUAUCACAACCCCGCGUAAAUUUUUCGCCCCAAGUAGCCAUGUGGCGAAUAUGAAAUCGUAGAUUCAGAUGGUAGUGAUGAAUAUAAGAUAUAUUUUUUCUAUGAAA